CUAAUUGUAUUAUCUGCAUUACAGGUUGUAUGCCAAACUUUUGAAGAUUGCAGAUAGAGGUCAUGUGAAGGCAAUGGAGAAGGUGGCAUACGCCAUGCUGUUCGGAGACUUUUUACCUCAGAACAUUCCUCAAGCAAAAGAGAUCUUUGAUAAACUGGCACUAGAGGGUUCGCCUAAAGCCCAGACGGCCCUUGGUUUCCUAUAUGCUGCAGGAUUAGGUGUGAACUCUAGUCAAGCAAAGGCAUUGGUGUAUUACACCUUUGGAGCUUUGGGUGGAAACCUAUUAGCACAUAUGAUUCUGGGCUACCGAUAUUGGGGAGGUGUUGGGGUUCCUCAGAGCUGUGAAUCUGCUCUCACUCACUAUAGACUGGUGGCCAAUCAUGUGGCCAGCGACGUGUCCCUGACAGGGGGCAGUGCAGUACAGCGGAUCCAUCUGUUAGAUGAAGUAGAAAAUCCUGGUUCUGGCAGUGGAAUGCUAGAGGAGGAUUUAAUCCAGUACUAUCAGUUCUUGGCUGAGAAAGGAGAUGUGCAGGCCCAGGUGGGUCUGGGACAGUUGCAUUUGCAUGGAGGUAGAGGUGUAGAACAGGAUGAUCAGCGAGCAUAUGAAUACUUCAACCAAGCAGCAAAUGCAGGGAACACGCAUGCAAUGGCCUUCCUUGGAAAGAUGUACUCUGAAGGCAGCAGUUUUGUGACUCAAAACAACGAUACCGCUCUUCAUUAUUUUAAAAAGGCUGCAGACUUGGGUAACCCAGUCGGCCAGAGUGGCCUUGGAAUGGCUUACCUGUAUGGAAGGGGUGUUCCUGUGAACUAUGAUCUGGCACUGAAGUAUUUUCAGAAAGCUGCAGAGCAGGGCUGGGUGGAUGGGCAACUACAGCUGGGAACAAUGUACUACAAUGGAAUCGGUGUAAAGCGAGAUUAUAAGCAGGCGCUUAAAUUUUUCAACUUGGCAUCUCAAGCGGGACACAUCUUGGCCUUCUAUAAUUUAGCCCAGAUGCAUGCGACGGGCACUGGAGUCAUGCGCUCCUGCCACACCGCAGUGGAGCUCUUCAAAAACGUUUGCGAGCGAGGCCGCUGGUCUGAGAGACUCAUGGCGGCAUAUGGAAGCUUUAAGGAAGGCGACAUAGAUUCUGCUUUGAUACAGUAUCUUCUGUUGGCCGAACAGGGCUAUGAGGUCGCACAGAGCAAUGUUGCCUUCAUUCUGGACCAGAAGGGGUCACAGAUCUUUAAUGAGAAUGAAACAUACCCACGGGCUUUGCUUCAUUGGACCAGAGCAGCCGCCCAAGGCUACACAGUGGCCAGGAUAAAGCUAGGCGACUAUCAUUUCUAUGGCUACGGCACUGAUGUGGACUACGAGACUGCAGUCAUUCAUUAUCGUCUGGCUUCUGAGCAGCAGCACAGUGCGCAGGCCAUGUUCAACCUGGGUUAUAUGCACGAGAAGGGGCUUGGUAUCAAACAGGACAUUCAUCUAGCUAAACGUUUCUAUGACAUGGCUGCAGAGGCCAGUCCUGAUGCCCAGGUGCCUGUGUUUCUGGCGCUGUGCAAGCUGGGCCUCGUCUAUGCAUUACAGUACAUACAGGAUCUCAAUCUGAAGGAGCUUCUAACUGAGGUGGAUCUUGACCAGUUGCUGGGUCCGGAGUGGGAUCUCUACCUCAUGACAGUCAUUGCUCUGCUCUUGGGCACAGUUAUCGCGUAUCGACAGCGGCAACACCAAGCCGUACCCAGAGCCCCGCUGGCACCCCCUAGACCUCCAGCCCAGCCUGAGCAGCCUGGCGAAGAGCCUGAGGAACAGUGAGGUGGCAAGGAUAAGGGUGGAGGUGAUAACACGGACUAAGAUAAAAGGUGGAGGAGACAGAGGCUCACCAGCUUCUCCUCUCCCGGGAUAGCCACUAACACCUUCACCCAGCUGUGCUCUUUAAUCUUUAGGAGCUUUUUGGACCCUUGCCGCCCUGUCCAAUGCUCUUUAGUUUUUCAAUCGUGGCUUUUCGGAAAACGAGAACUUUUACGAUAACCUAAAUGUGAACCUCAGGGUUUUGCCAGGUGAAAUGACAUUUGUGCAAAUCGAUGCUCACUAUGUGUGGGAGAAAAGACAAGAGUUGCUGGAUGAAUUGCGGUAGUUGUUUAUGCUUUUGCUUGCCAUUGUACUAAACGCCAAGGAGAAAACCUGUUGGUUCUGUGCAACCCAUGUAGUUUUUUUUGUUAGUAUUAUUAAGUUGGGAUCUAGUAGAAAUUCAACAUAAAGCGAGAGGUGAGCUGGGCUCUAAAUUUAAUGUCUAAAUGCGUCAUACUACCAUAAAAGCAUGUUAUGUGCGACUAACAGAUGUAUUGGGUUUGUUAGCAUUUAUAUCGACAACAUUUGGAUACUUUUUACCAGCACAUAAACAUGGAUUUGAAAUACCACUGUCACAUACAAUUACUUGAUCAUUUCCGUAGUGCAGUUUCUUUGAAAGGUAGCGCUAUUUAUAAAAUUAGUUGAAAUGAAAGGUAGAAGCUUUUUAUUGUAUUCUUAAAUAGUCACCAUGCCAAAUCUUAAACAACUACUGCCUUUAAACUCCUACAAAAGUGUCUUUGUGGGGUGUUUACAGAAAUGAAUCAGUGCAAUUGUGGCUGAUGCUCAGUAAGUUUCAAAUUGUUAAAAAACUAAUAAGGAGCAGUUGUCCAAAUCUCUCAAACCUAGGUUUAUAUAUCUGCACCCAGAGGAAAAUGAUUCUAGUUAUUGAAAGAGUUGCUGUGUUGCAACCCAUUUAUUUUUUUUUUUUUUUUACUAGCUCAAGACAUUAAAUGCUCUCUGAACAGUUUUUGAUUAUUGUAUGAGGUCUGCAGCUCUGAAAUCUUAAGUCAAAUUCAUUCAUUUGUUUCCGGAUGUAGCUGUCCGUGUACAACAUCUCAAAUUUCUCAGAUUUAUUUCAGAGGGAAAAUAGUACAGAUGACUUUAAUUGUGAGCAUGUGUAGAAUCGUUGAUCUUUGUUGUAUUUUGACGAUGGAACACGUCUGUCGUUUCAGGUAAAAUAGCAAUAUUGCAACGUUUGAUGUAAAAAUUUGUAAAGAAAGGAUGUAUGUGUGUGUGUGUGUGUGUGUGUGUGUGUGUGUGUGUGUGUGUGUGUGUGUGUGUGUGUGUGUGUGUGUGUGUGUGUGUGUGUGCGUGUGUAUUAGAAGAAAAGCAGAGUGUGUUUUUAAUGCGAAGAUGCAACAGAAAACAUGUCUGUUUUUUGUGAAAAAAAAAAACAACAAUAACCAGAUUCUUAUCUUCCAUGUUCUUUGAACCCCAUAUAAUGCAAAGAUAACACAGUUUGAGUCUUUCAAAAAUCACAAUCAGUUUUCAAAAUUGCAAUGUUUAUAAAUGGUAAAUAAAAAAUCUGAGUUCACAGCU